GGGUGGGCUUCCCCCGACCCAUGAUGCCCACAAAGUAUUUGGAAAAAAGCGCUCUCUCGCCAAUAAACCCUAAUCGAUAGAUAGUCCCCAAAACCCACUCCAAUCUUCACAUAACUUAGUUCUACGUUCGAUUUUGCGGCCAAUCUCUCUACUUGUUUCUCCUAACAGUUUAUAUUUCAAAACGUAUCAAAUUGUGCCGAAUUUCUGAGCUAAAUGCCACGGUACUACUGUGAUUAUUGCGACACUUACUUGACCCAUGAUUCCCUAGAGAGGACAUUAUCUUGUCUAGCUAAAGUUGAUGCAGGACAGAGCAAAAAAGGGAACCAAAACUGUCCCCCUUCAGUCAGGAAGCAGCACAAUUCUGGUUACAAGCACAAGGCAAACAUAAGGGCUUACUACCAAAAAUUCGAAGAACAGCAAACACAGCUUUUACUCGAUCAGAGAAUCAAAGAGCACCAACAGAUUGGUGCAGCUUAUAAUCAACAUCUUGCUGCUUUUCCCGGAGGGCCGCCACGUCAGCCUGUCAUGCUGCCACUUCAUCCGCUACCUUUUCCAGGUGGGCCCCCAAUUGUCCCGGGCAUGAGGCCUCUUCACGGUAUGCCAAUGCCUAUCCCCGGCGCACCUGGUUACGCAUCUGCCCCUGGGCUGCCGCCAAUGCAACCCUUACAGCCGAGUGGGCCUCCAGCUUCAGGCCCACAAAAUACAAGUGCCCCUCCACAGAUUUCAGGAGUGGGCCCACCUCCUAGCUCAAGUGGGGUACCACCAAAUCCUACACAUAUGUACAGUGUUAAUCCAACCGGAACUACUGUUACUGCUGCAACUGUACCUCCAACUGCCGGAGGAUACUCGUAUCAACAAGCUUCUCAGACGAGUCAUUGAUUUGUAAAAAGACGGGCUAAAUUUUGAAUAUUUGGGACCUUAAGCCGGUGCUGUCUGAACUAUGUCAAGUUGUGCCGCACACUUAUUCAUAGGUAGGAGGGAAUGUUGGAUUUCAAGUGUCCAGGGAGUUAUUUGAAGUUGAGUAGCAUUCGGAAUCAUUUUGUUCGGCAUGUAUGACCAUAGAAACUUAUUUUGUCAUUUUCAUUUUUACUUGCGAAGUUGAUAAUGAAUUUGUUUAUAUAAUACUAUAAAUCCAUGGAAGCUGUAAAAGAAGCAUUUGUUGGAGGAAUUUGGUGCAAUGGAUCAAGUUUCAUUAUAUUUUAUCGAAUUCGAGAUGCAGCACUGUGAGUGUAAUACUGAUAUAAUUGUUCCUAAGUUCUAACAACUAUUGCCUGUAUUGGUAUUGAUAUGUGAAACAAGUUUGGUUCCUA